UCGAGGCGAGAGCACGCGCCCCACAAAGCGCGCGCAUGUGAAGCGAGUUGUGUUCGGUUUUCGAUUCGAGCCACAUGGCGUAUACGCGAUACGGCCAGUCCUACUGCCUGCAUUGACUGAAUAAUGGUCAGUGGUCCCUGUUGCGGCUUUCGUGCGUGAGCUGACAAUCAGAUAAUGUGUCAAUAAUUAAACUGGGCAAUCGACGUUGCUCGAUCACUAUGUGAAAAGCCAUAAUCACACUGGGAAGGAACUUCAAUAUGGUCAGGCAUCCAGGUGAUGUGAUUGGAAAUAAGCGAAGCUAAGUGCAUCCAUCUGCAUUUGCUGUCUAAAUGGCUCGCCGCGAGUCCGAGGACGAAUAGAAUACACCCAGUGACCCGUGAGCCAUGUUCGAUUGAAUGCGGCAGCAACAGCAACAGCAACGACAGCCGGCACCGCAGCAACAACAGCAAGAGCAACACCAACGGCAGCAACCGCCACGCGAGCAACAUGUUGACAACUCACCAUCUGCACCAUCUGCACCACCAUCGCGGCAGUACGGCCGUGGAGCUGGACAAGAUCACCAACCUGAAUACGCUCAUCAUGGAGAUCAACAGCCAUGUGGCGCUAUUCCGGGACAUGCUGAUACACGUGGGCCAGGCCAAGGAUUGCCCCGAGCUCCGCGAGAAGAUCCGCAAGCUGCGACGCACCUGUGUGGAGGCACUCAAGCACACCGCCCAGAUCCUGAUGCCCCAGGUCAAGAGCGCCAUGGCCGAUGGCAUCCUCACCGACAACCCGCACUUGGUGCUCCUGUUCUACAUGGCCCAGUUGUUCCUACGUGAACUUGUGAAAAGUUAUCGUCUCAUACAAGUCGUGCCAAUGGAUAUGUCCGGCUAUUAUGAGAACCGAGCCGGGCCCUCGAACCUGGGCAAUGUCAUCAGCCAGAUAUUAUUGUGCAAACAGUUUACGCCCGACUUCAACGAGGAGGAAUUAUGCAGCAUCACCAAAGACUCCCAGGACAUCGCCGUGCUCCUCUCCGAGAUGCAGGAGUACAUGCCGCAGCACGAGGCGUACUUGGAACGCAACGCGGCCCUGGACACAACCGGACCCUGGCAGGCCAAGAGGCGCCAGAACUACAUCUGCAAGAACAUGAGCCUGCUCUGCUGCGUCUCCAGGCCCAACUAUCUCUGAGAGCAGGCGGACAGUGUGUAGUCUAAGUUGGACUAAGCCCAAAUGCCCAAUGGAAUGGCCAAUGGCCAGUCAUCGCACGCACCCACUACUUAUAUCAAUUACUAGCGCCUAAGCUGAGCCUGCUGCAUACCCGUAGUGGAAAUUCUAGAUCUUAAGUCGAGGAGCGGAACACUCAAUUAGCAUUGUAACAUAAUCAAAAGUCAAUGGCGGUGCCGGGGAGGCGAUGUUCGAUGUUCCAUGGUCGAUGGUCGAUGGUCGAUGUUCUUCUCCUGCCAUGACAUGUGUAUAAUCAAAGUUAAUUAUGCUGCAUAUACAAUAUUACCAAUUACACACACUACGGAUAUGGAUAUAUACUAUAUAUAGAGACGUUUAAAUAGGGGAAUGGAGCCAGUUGGGACUUUUUAGGCCAGUGAACUGUAUCAAUGUAUAGGCCCAAGCAAAAACCACACACACACACACACAUGAUCCGGAAAUGGUAUAACCCUUGAGUUAACAUUAAGAUUAGACAGAGGCUGGGCCGAGGGAUCGACGGGUGCUGGGAGCAAAUGGCAGUUUAGUGGUAGUUCAAAACGAUGUAGCCUUCGUAAUUAAGUUAAAAGCCUGGCCAGGCAAGUGCUAAACAGAAGCAAUAACAAACAUGUUACUCAAACAGAAGUGUAUGUAUCUAACCAAAUAGAUGUGUAAAUGAAAUGUCUCUAGGUUUCCGUUUGUUCAUUUCACGGUUUUCAAAGUGAACUCUGCACAGUACCUAAACAAAAACCAAUAACCAAUAAUCGAACAACAAAAGAGCAACGUGUGACCAAUAAAUAAAUCUGUUUAAAAAACAAGGUUUAACAACAAAUUAAUAUCCCAUUCUUAAAUGAUAAUAAUAAAUUUUGUGAGUGUAGGAGCGAACAAAGAAUUUCAAUCAGCCAACCUUGUUAAUAUUUAAGCAACCAAUAAAUAUUUAUUUCAGCAUAAAGGACUGUUUUGUAACAUUUGUUAGAUUUAAACACAAACAUAUAUUAUCCAAACAAUUAAAGCGUAAAAGGUAUUUUUAUUUAAAAUAAAAUAGAUGAGACCAAAAAUGUAACAAUGAAAUUAAGGACAGCAUUUUUACCCUUUCCCAUUUACAAACCUUUUGUUUGCCGAUAAUGCCGAAAAUGGAAUGUAAAAGCAAAUAAAAUUAUUGCACGGCCAAAAUGAAUAAUUAUGAGGUUUUGUGUUUCGGUCCCAUUUAAAUCGCAUUAAAACUGCACAAUUAUGUUUUUACUAAUUAAAAUAUGCUUUUACACAGCCGCAGUUCCACAAAUGGAGAGUUCAUAAGUUGUUUUUAUUAAAAUCAAAAACAAAUUUCCAUUUAAAUGCAUUUUUCAUUUGGAGUGCACAUACUUUUGGCCAUGCGCCGCAUAUUUAAUGGCAAAUAAUUGGAGAAUAUUUUUUGUGUACCAAUUUAAAUGGCAGGAAGUGAGCUGAAAUUGUUUUACAUUGUAAAUCAAUUUGCUGUGUAAACAAGAAAGAGCUGAUCAACUAUGCAUGGGCUCUCAACAAUUGUUGGAUCGCUGAAAUGACAAUGAAAAUGUAAAAACUCUGUUAGAACGCCCCAAACACAAUGGGUCAAGUAGCUGGCAAAUAUUUGUAAAUACUUGCAGCCCAAAAGCACACAUAUAUAUAUAAAGCAGAAUAAAGUUCAGAUGAUUAUCUCAUUAUUAUCGAAACGUAGUACAGAUUAUUUAAUAAUUUUUAUUUACUUUUUCGAUUUUAGGCAUAAAUCAAACACCAAACAAAUUUACACGUCUUUAGAGAAGAUAGUUCUAAAAUAGUAUGUUUACUAUAUAAUAUUGAUAAUUAUUUACCUGUAUAUGAAUGUAUAUUGCUUAGAUCGUUUAAAUAGGUAUUCCAUCAACAAGCCGUGAUUGUUAUAUGAUAUUCAUAUAAGAAUUAUCUAAAUGUAUUUAUUAAAUGUUUGUUCAUGUUGUUUGAAACUAAAUGCCACUGAGAAGUAACUCAAAAACUCACACACUAGCAACAAGAAACUAAAAACCGAAACUAAUUACCAAACUGGGUACCAAUCAAAUAUGAAUAAAGCUAUUUUUAGAGAAACUAAA